GGGGGAAUGACAAGGGGAAAAAAGCCUGUCACAGCUUGUGCCAGUCAAAUCCAAGCUCUCAAGGGAUUUGUUUUUCUUUCGGCAUCAGAUCAGAUGUUCAAAUGAAGGGGUGUUUUGGGGCUGCGAGCGCAUGUCCACCAGACCCUUAACAAGGCUAAUCCCACAGCAGCACAUUGCAAGCAGCUCAUGGGCACAAGGGCUCCGCUCUGCUGCCAUUCCUGCAGACAGGCUGAACGCCUUGCUCAGGGAGCAAACACAAAAGUCUUGUUAGCAAUGACCAGCAGCAGCAAAAUGUCAACAACAGAGUUUGCUCUGGGAUAGACUUAGACACCAAGCGUGAUGACCAGGCACAGAAAUCAUGGAUAGAAAGAGCUUUUUACAAGAGAGAAUGUGUUCAUAUCGUACCCAGCACCAAAGACCCCCAUAGGUGUUGCUGUGGGCGUCUAAUAGGUCAACAUGUUGGACUGACUCCGAGUAUCUCCAUUAUCCAGAAUGAGAAAAAUGAAAGCAGGCUUACUCGCAAUGACAUCCAGUCAGAGAAGUGGUCCAUCAGCAAGCACACGCAGCUCAGCCCAACGGACGCUUUUGGAACCAUUGAGUUCCAAGGAGGAGGCCACUCCAAUAAAGCCAUGUAUGUACGUGUGUCUUUUGACACAAAGCCUGACCUUCUUCUGCACCUGAUGACCAAAGAGUGGCAGCUCGAGCUCCCAAAACUUCUCAUCUCUGUGCAUGGGGGCCUUCAGAAUUUUGAACUUCAGCCAAAGCUCAAGCAAGUCUUUGGGAAAGGCCUCAUUAAGGCUGCUAUGACAACUGGAGCAUGGAUAUUCACUGGAGGAGUAAACACAGGAGUCAUUCGACAUGUUGGAGAUGCACUGAAAGAUCAUGCCUCAAAAUCGCGAGGGAAGAUCUGCACCAUUGGCAUCGCUCCCUGGGGGAUCGUGGAAAAUCAAGAGGAUCUGAUUGGCAAAGAUGUGGUCCGACCAUACCAGACAAUGUCCAAUCCCAUGAGUAAGUUGACAGUACUCAACAGUAUGCAUUCACAUUUCAUUUUGGCUGACAAUGGCACUACUGGCAAAUAUGGAGCAGAGGUGAAACUUCGUAGACAGCUGGAAAAGCACAUUUCACUUCAGAAGAUAAAUACGCGAAUUGGUCAAGGGGUUCCAGUGGUGGCCCUCAUUGUGGAAGGAGGUCCUAAUGUUAUCUCUAUCGUUCUGGAGUACCUGCGAGACACUCCUCCUGUUCCUGUUGUGAUAUGUGAUGGCAGUGGUCGGGCAUCUGACAUACUUGCCUUUGGUCACAAAUACUCUGAAGAAGGAGGACUUAUUAAUGAGUCUUUGCGGGACCAGUUGCUGGUUACCAUCCAGAAGACUUUCACAUACACUCGAACCCAGGCACAGCACCUCUUCAUUAUCCUCAUGGAGUGCAUGAAGAAGAAGGAGCUGAUCACAGUAUUUCGCAUGGGAUCAGAAGGACACCAGGAUAUUGAUUUAGCUAUCCUUACAGCAUUACUAAAAGGAGCUAACGCAUCUGCUCCCGACCAGCUGAGCCUGGCUUUAGCCUGGAACAGAGUAGACAUCGCUCGCAGUCAGAUCUUUAUAUAUGGGCAGCAGUGGCCGGUGGGCUCCCUUGAGCAAGCAAUGCUGGAUGCACUGGUGUUGGACAGAGUGGAUUUUGUGAAAUUACUCAUAGAAAAUGGAGUAAGCAUGCAUCGUUUUCUCACCAUCUCCCGACUAGAGGAAUUGUACAAUACGAGACACGGACCAUCCAACACUUUAUAUCAUCUAGUCAGGGAUGUCAAAAAGCGAGAAUAUCCAGGUUUCGGUUGGAUCUAUUUUAAGGGAAAUUUACCUCCAGAUUAUCGAAUAAGCCUGAUUGAUAUUGGUUUGGUGAUAGAGUACCUGAUGGGAGGAGCGUAUCGCUGCAACUACACCCGGAAGCGGUUCAGAACACUGUACCACAAUUUAUUUGGGCCCAAGAGGCCAAAAGCCCUGAAACUGUUGGGAAUGGAGGAUGAUGUCCCUUUACGACGAGGGAGGAAAACAACUAAGAAAAGAGAAGAAGAAGUUGAUAUUGAUUUGGAUGACCCUGAGAUAAAUCAUUUUCCCUUUCCGUUCCACGAGCUGAUGGUGUGGGCAGUGCUUAUGAAGCGCCAGAAGAUGGCCCUCUUCUUUUGGCAGCACGGAGAGGAGGCUAUGGCUAAAGCACUGGUGGCCUGCAAACUCUGCAAAGCCAUGGCCCAUGAAGCAUCAGAAAAUGACAUGGUGGAUGACAUAUCUCAAGAGCUGAACCAUAAUUCGAGGGACUUUGGCCAAUUGGCAGUGGAGCUGUUGGACCAGUCAUACAAACAGGACGAGCAACUGGCAAUGAAACUGCUGACCUACGAGCUGAAGAACUGGAGCAAUGCCACAUGCCUGCAGCUUGCAGUGGCCGCCAAGCACAGGGACUUCAUUGCUCACACUUGCAGCCAAAUGCUGCUCACAGACAUGUGGAUGGGUCGUCUCCGGAUGCGCAAAAAUUCUGGCCUAAAGGUAAUUCUAGGAAUUCUACUUCCUCCUUCAAUCCUCAGCUUGGAGUUCAAGAACAAAGAUGAUAUGCCUUACAUGUCUCAGGCCAAUGAGAUCCAUCUUCAGGAGAAGGAGCCAGAGGAACCGGAAAAGCCAGUGAAAGAAAAAGAGGAAGAGGACAUGGAACUCACAGCAAACAGCAGGAGCUGCCCCCAGGAGCCCGUCUGCAGGCAGGCAGAAGGACCUGCCUACAGGACCCAAUAUGCAGGCAAGCUGAAGGAGCAGCCCACAAGACCCACCUACAGGACCCGUUUGCAGGCAAUGCUGGGACGAGGGAAUGGUGAGUCCUCAAGAAAGAAAGAAGAAGAGGAAGUGCAGAGCAGGCACAGACUGAUUCCUGUUGGAAGAAAGAUUUACGAGUUCUACAAUGCUCCCAUCGUUAAAUUUUGGUUCUACACACUGGCGUACAUCGGCUACUUAAUGCUGUUCAAUUAUAUAGUGUUAGUGAAGAUGGAUCGCUGGCCCUCCACACAGGAAUGGAUUGUCAUCUCGUACAUUUUCACUCUGGGAAUAGAGAAGAUGAGAGAGAUAUUGAUGUCAGAGCCUGGAAAACUGUUACAAAAAGUUAAAGUCUGGCUGCAGGAGUACUGGAAUGUUACCGAUCUCAUCGCAAUCCUCCUGUUCUCUGUCGGGAUGGUCCUCCGUUUGCAAGAUCUGCCACUUCGGAGCGAUGGCCGGGUGAUUUACUGUGUGAACAUCAUUUACUGGUACAUACGGUUACUAGACAUCUUCGGAGUAAACAAGUACUUGGGACCAUACGUUAUGAUGAUUGGAAAAAUGAUGAUAGAUAUGAUGUAUUUUGUCAUCAUCAUGUUGGUGGUUCUGAUGAGCUUCGGUGUCGCAAGACAAGCUAUUCUCUUCCCAAAUGAGGAGCCCUCAUGGAAGCUGGCAAAAAACAUUUUUUACAUGCCUUACUGGAUGAUCUAUGGGGAAGUGUUUGCAGACCAGAUAGACCGUAAGCAAGUUUAUGAUUCUCAUACACCAAAGUCAGCUCCUUGUGGUCAAAAUGAAACUAGAGAAGAUGGCAAGAUAAUCCAGCUGCCUCCUUGCAAGACAGGAGCAUGGAUUGUUCCUGCCAUCAUGGCCUGUUACCUCUUGGUUGCAAACAUCCUUUUGGUGAACCUCCUGAUUGCUGUUUUCAACAACACAUUUUUUGAAGUCAAAUCUAUAUCCAACCAAGUGUGGAAGUUUCAAAGGUAUCAGCUAAUCAUGACAUUUCAUGAAAGGCCAGUUCUCCCACCACCUCUGAUCAUUUUCAGCCAUAUGACGAUGAUAUUCCAGCACCUCUGCUGUAGAUGGCGGAAACACGAAAGCGACCCGGAUGAGAGAGACUACGGAUUAAAACUUUUCAUAACUGAGGAUGAAUUGAAAAAAGUCCACGAUUUUGAAGAGCAGUGCAUAGAAGAAUAUUUUAGAGAGAAGGACGACAGAUUCAAUUCUUCCAAUGACGAAAGAAUCCGUGUCACUUCAGAAAGGGUGGAAAAUAUGGCCAUGCGACUGGAAGAAGUAAAUGAGCGUGAGCACUGCAUGAAGGCCUCUCUGCAGACCGUUGACAUCAGACUUGCUCAGCUGGAAGAUAUGAUAGGAAGAAUGGUGACAGCAUUAGAAAAACUGACUGGCAUAGAGAGAGGUGAGGCAACCAAGAUACGAUCCAGGACUUCAUCUGACUGUACCGAUGCAGCCUACAUUGUGAGGCAGAGUAGCUUCAACAGUCAAGAAGGAAACACUUACAAGCUGCAAGAGAGCAUAGAUCCUACAGGAGAGGAGUCCAUGUCUCCAACCUCUCCUACAAUUACACCUCGCAUGCGAAGCCACUCUUUCUAUGCAACAAAUAUGAAGGACAAGUGUGGGUUGGAAAAGUUUGAAAGCAUUUUCAAGGAAAGAUCUCCAAGCCUGCACCGAGCUAGCAGUUCCCACUCAUUAGCAAAAGAAGGAAAGGUUCCCUUAGCCCCUACCAGCACUUUGUCAAUUGCCCCAGACUCCAGAAGGCCUUCAUCUUGUAUAGACAUCUAUGUUUCUGCAAUGGAUGAGAUGCAUUCUGACACAGAGCCUCUUGACAGCUCCAUAAAUAUUCUUGGUACUGGAGAGGUAGCCCUGCAGGCACACAUAGCCUCUUCCAUUUUAGCCAACAGUGCAUAUAUUAGCAGUACACCUGGUGAAAAAAUUUCUGGCAGGAGUCUUGAUUAUGAGGAAACAUCCGGAAUAGAAACAAGAGCAUUUUCUUCAGACUAUUCACAGAUCACAGAAUGCCAAAUCCCCUGGGAUUCAGACCCUCCCUUGUACCACACUUUAGAGCGAUCUAAAAGCAGUCGUUAUCUGGCUACAACUCCAUUUAUUCUGGAGGAAACACCAAUUGUGAAAUCUCACAGUUUUAUGUUCUCUCCAUCUCGAAGCUACUUCAGCAGCCUUGGCGUCCCAGUCAAAACAGCAGAAUACACAAGUAUUACAGACUGCAUAGACACAAGGUGUGUGAGCGCCCCCCAGACCAUCGCAGAGAGGGCCAGUUUCCCUGGAAGUCUCGGCGUCAAGGUGGAAGACUUGGGAUGCUGCCAUCCAGAGAGAGAAGCAGAAUUAAGCCACCCAAGCUCUGAUCAUGAGGAUACUGAGGCCAAGGAGAAGAAGGGGAUUCCCUUAUCUCCUCAAGACAGCAAUGCCGCAAGAACUCUGACCAAUAGCAUCCCGCUUCCAAAAAUAGAGCGGGCUAACAGCUACUCUGCAGAGGAGUCCAACAUGCUGUAUGCACAGCACACACGGAAGAGCUACUCAAUCAGCGAUAAACUUGACAGACAGCGAAAUGCAACAAGCCUGCGAAACCCCUUUCAGAGGAGUAAGUCCUCAAGGCCAGAGAGCAGAGGGGACAACCUGUCCAUGAGGAGACUAUCAAGAACAGGAGCAUUCCGCAGCUUUGAAAGCAAGCACAGCUAGGCCCAGACAAAUCUUGCAGGCAGUCAAAAGGUCAUCUGCUCUCCAGUCCAUUUUCCUUAGCAAAAUUACCACACCUCAUACUGACAUUCCAUGUCAACUCCAGUUGGCAUUAGCCACCGGUCAAGGGAGCACACUGUCAGUCUCAGCGUCACCUGCUGAGUUACUGCAUCUUGACCCAGUUGACAUUUGCACUUUAGGAAAAAGGGAGGGAUGAAAAAUUUACAGAGACUUCAGUAAACAACAGUAAUAAAAAGACCCCUACAGGAAGUUUUAAGUAAUAACUGAGUUCAAAAGUCUGCCUUCUAUUAGAAGGCAUCCUAAGAUCUAUUAUUCACAAGUUCUUAGGACACAGGAAUUAACCUGCAAAAAGAGAUGUACAGAUUGGAUGUCCUAAAUUUCAAUCAUAACUUCUUUCUCUCCCGUUUCACCAUUGUGGUGACUGAUGAAAAGCAUUUGUUAUUUCUCUGGGAACUGGUGGCAAACAAAACUAAAGUCUCCCAAGUACCUUUCAACCCUACACUUGUGUAAAUGAAGAUGAACAAGAUAACAACCAUAACGCUUGCUUGUCUCUUUUCGUAUCAAAUUCCAGUGGCACAAAAAAAACCAGUUUGCAUUUUCAAAAGCAGAAAGGGAACAGAAAUGCCUUUUGUGCUGCAUCAUAAGUGGAGGAAGAAUUUAUGUUGAAAUAUCAGGUGAUUUCCUGAUGAAACGGGCAUUCUAGAGUCUAGCACAGCUGAGAAAGCUCAGGAUGAAUGUAAUUAAUCGGAAUAGUAUAUAUUUAUUUUUUUAUGACAUUUGUCAUUAAUAUGUUGCCUCACUAAAUCAACAGAUGUGAUAGAACAAUAACAACAGGAUGAUCAGAGCAGAGUGCAGUAAUAUUGUCAGGUUCUCACUGCUCUGUUUAAUUAAUUGUACAAGCUGGGGAGGCUUACCCACAGGGUUGCCACAAGGCUCUUCUUGCUGUUCCAUCUGAGCUGCCAAUUUUUUACAUCAUUCCCUCACCUAAAAGUAUGCCCUUUUUUUUUUUUUUUUUUUUUAAUGGAGACAUGUAUUUGUAUUUGAACAUUUUAAGAUUUAUCAAGAUCUAUCUGGUCUUAAUCCAGAUUGACAAAAUUAGACUGAAGUUGCUUAAAGGAAAACACUAUUGGCAGAAUCCUGGAAAACACUGAGAAGUAUAUAUACUUUUAAGGUAAGUUAAAGAAUCAAAGUGAAACUGGAGUUGUCUGUUAACAGCAAAGCCAUCAGAUGCAAGUGUACUUCUACCAUUCAGCAUCGUAUUACAGAAAAUACAUUUCAAUAGAAUAAAGUACAUCUGACUGAUCCACAGCAUACCUAUGGUGUUUGGUUGAAGGCAAUAGAAGGCACUGACCCUACCUAAUUUCCAAAGCUCCACAGUACAAACAGGAUUUUCAGAAGUGUUACGGGAAGAUAUCAGAGUGGGCAGAGGGGAAAGGGUGCACAGGAUCUAGAAAAAUAGUAGAAAACGAUAAACAGCAACUGGACCAAAAUUUCACAUCCUUUAUGAAGGGACAACUUUUAAGCUUGAAAAGAGUUGAAGCUAGUGCUAUUAAAAAUUAAAACAUCUCUACAAUGACCAAAACCUGCGUAGAACCAGGUCAUUUUUGUUAUUAAAUAAAAGCACGUGCAAGUAGGUUACAUCUUUCCCAUUUAUUCAAAUGGGAAUUACCUACUAAAUCUCUGAGGAAGCUGUGAAAAUAUAGGCUGACGUUUUCUCACUAGGAUCUCACCCUGGGAGACCCUAAGGACCAUGUGAGAGUUAAGUCUGAAAGGCAACAAAUCCAGACAUAAAAAUAAUCAUCCAGCUUGAGACAAGAGGCAAAGAAGAUGAAAAUCUUUACAUACUGAGUCACUACGUUGGAAAGUUUGUGAAAUAAAGAAAUGCAACAUGGAGAUGCUAAACACAAUGUGUUUCGUACUUUUGCACCAGUGUGUUUCUUUAUUCAGUCUGACCAAGCUUUCAAUGGGCUAGACUCCACCAAGACACCAUGUUUAUGCAAUUGCCUUGCAGUCCAUGUGCAGCAUUAUGAUCACAUGGCAACACCAAGAAAGGUCAGAAACCUUUCUGUGCAUUAUGAAGCAUGCUUGUGACAGGCUGAUUGUUGAACAAUAGCAAGAAGCCCAGGGACAAAGGAACUUGUGUUUAACAAUCUGCUUCAAAUGUGCCAACUUUUGUUAGCAGCCUUUCACUAAGGCUUCUCCAAAUCUAUUUGUCCUUGACGAGUAUAGGGGGAUCUUCUCGCUCUGUUUUCUUUGUUACUUUUACGAAUGUCUUCUAAAAGAAUUUGUGGACUCUCCCACCUCUACCAUACGAUUGGCCUACUCUAGAGGAACUUCAAAUUAAUUAGAGAUUUGUCAAUAGUGAUUAGUCAAUUAGUCCAAAGGAUAGGGCUCUCCUCUGGGAUAGAUUUCAUUGCUUAGUUUGUCAGGGUAAAGGAAUUUGCCAAACCCAGAAGCUGUAUAAAUAUUUAAGGUACAGCACUUUACUGAUCUGGAGCACACAUUCCGGGUAAAAAGGAAACAGGACACUUUAUUUACCUCUUAAAAUUUGCCAUUAUAUAUAAAAUGUAAAUUCAAAUGUUAAAAGUGUGAUUGCAAGAUGUCAGAAGACUACUUUUCCUGAAUGUUUCCCAUUUAUUGUAUGAUGUGGUGUCUAUAGAAUAUAAUAUGAUGGAUGUUAGGUUAUUUCAUCGUCACCUGCUUUUGACAAAUUGCAUCAAACUGCUUCUUUCUCAGUUUUGUGGUCAAACACCCAUUCCUUGCAAUGGGACCAGAUUUCCCACUCCCAGUGUUACUAUGACCAUUUAGUGAGAGUAAAAGUCUUAUCAUACAUUAUGCCAUGUACCUAUAGCAUGUGCCAUAUGACAUAUUCUGUAUCAGAGGCUAGCGCUUAUGAAAUAUAUAUCUACACAUAUAUACAUAUCUCCCAUGUGUAAACCAGUAUAGUUGUGACAUGUGAUAAUAUUAGUGAACGUUACAGGACAGUUUUAUUAUCACGUUAUAAGGUCUUGUUUGUAAAUCUGUAACAUUCAAUAAACUAGCACAUGUUGCAUCAAG